AUACAGGUAGCUGAGGUAGAGCAGCUAGUCACCAGGCAACGGUCAACCUGCAAACUACAGCGCGGGGGAAACCGGUAUGUGGUGGCCGGCUCAGUUAUCAGGGGUUGGUUUACCUUCUCUUCUUUUUCUAAUUCACUGCUCAGCUCUUCUUUCAUCUUCGGAUGGAUCAGACUGUGUACUGGUUGGAAAGGGUGCAUGCCGCGGUGAUGGCUGGACGGAUGGAAAAUGGCCGGAAAAUGGCGGGAAACAGUCUCUAGAGGGAUGCUGUGACUUGUGUGCGGAAUCAGAGGGGUGUACAGGGUUGAGUGUAUCUAAGACUGGAGAUUGUUUACUGUUCGGGCAUAAAAAACUGGUUCCAGCAUCAGGACUGGGAGGAGAAUGUUAUACCGUGAGCAGUACCAAAACAAAAGGUGAACAUCCCUGGUUUUUUUUAAAAAUUCCGGAAUUCAGAAACUUGAAUCCUAAAUUCUUGAAUACUAGAAUUUGAAUCUGGUGUCUCCAAUCCUGAUUUAUA